UUCUAUCUUGGUCUCUUCGAAAACACACAUGUUUGCGAAAGUAGAGUUUCAGACACCAUCAAUCUCUCUACUUCCCCUUGGAAUCGUCAAAUCCCACCUUCCGUUGAUUUUGUACUGUAAUCCAACUUAUGGAAUAAGACUUUGUACUGUAAUCCAACUUAAUCCAACUUAUGGAAUAAGACUUUGUACUGUAAUCCAACUUAUGGAAUAACCAUCCAACAGAGCAACUCCGAAAUGGCGUCAAUAAUACCAUCACUCAUGGAAGUAGUAGAAGAAAGUGUUGUGAUUGUUGGAGCUGGAAUUGCUGGUCUUUCUGCAGCCUUGGGGCUUCACAGGCUGGGGAUUCGGAGCGUAGUUUUAGAAUCGUCGGAUAGUUUGAGGACAACCGGGUUUGCUUUAACAACAUGGACAAAUGCAUGGAAGGCCUUGGAUGCCCUUGGCACUGGUGAUACUCUUCGCCAACAGCAUGGGGCACUUCGUGGGAAUGUGACUUCCUCAACAAUUUCUGGGCUUCCUGUGUUUGAGAUGUCAUUUAAGGCCAAGGGAAAGAACGGAGAUCAUGAAGUUCGUCGCGUGAAAAGGAGAUUGCUUUUGGAAGCCCUUGCAGAUGAACUCCCUAGUGGCACCAUUAGGUUUUCGUCCAAGGUGGUUUCCAUUGACGAAUCAGGCUACUUGAAGCUGGUUCAUCUUGCUGAUGGAACCAUCCUCAAGGCCAAGGUCUUAGUUGGGUGUGACGGAGUGAACUCCGUGGUUGCUAAAUGGCUAGGGUUCAAGCAGCCGGCGUUUACAGGGAGAUCUGCCAUCCGAGGCCUUGCCAACUUCAAGAGCGGCCAUGGUUUUGAUCCCAUAUUUAUGCAGUUCUUUGGAAAUGGUAUUAGAUAUGGUGUAAUCCCUUGUGAUGAUAAAACUGUUUAUUGGUACUACACUUGGGCUCCUACCAGCCAAGAGAGAGAGCUAGAAGAAAGCCCAGCUCAACUGAAGCAAUAUAUUCUGAGCAACCUUGGAAAGGCACCUGAGACAGUAAGAGAAGUUAUAGAAAGCACUAACUUGGAUGCUUUUAUAUCAUCUCCACUGAGAUAUAGACAUCCUUGGGAGCUUCUUUGGGGAAACAUUAGCAAAGGAAAUGUUUGUGUUGGUGGGGACGCGCUCCACCCCAUGACACCAGACAUAGGCCAAGGCGGCUGCGCUGCGUUAGAAGACGGGGUUGUGUUAGCAAGGUGUCUUGGUGAGGCCUUGUUGAAACACUCAAGGCGAGAAAUAAAAGAUGGAGGUGAAGGAGUGGAGGAAUAUUAUAAGAGGAUUGAGAUGGGGUUGAAAAAGUAUGCCAAUGAAAGGAGAUGGAGAGGGUUUGAUCUCAUUGUCACUGGUUAUGUGGUUGGUUUUAUGCAGGGGAGUGGAGGAAAAAUUAUGACAUUGUUGAACAAAUUUCUGGCUCCAACCCUCGCUUUGUUGCUUUUGAAGAAGGCUGAUUUUGAUUGUGGGAAACUCAUCAUAUCUUAAUGAAAAAUGCCAUGUCUUGUGAAUAUGGUAAUCAAACAAUUUUAACGAGUGUUGCUGGAGAUGCUUUCAUAAUGUAUGCAAGAAAAUUAUGCAACUAAAUUUUUUGUUUUAGAAGUAGUUUAAUUUUCUAAAUGUUAGUUAUGUGCUACCGUCUUGUAAUCGUUUUAUGAUCAAAGUAAUAAAUGAAAUUUCAUUUA